AUGGAAGUAUGGAAUCUGUCCUCUUGGACACCUACCUUGGAACCGAAUCUGACCACCUCCUUCAAACAAGAGCUCCAAACCUCGAGUCUCCGAGUAGCCCUACCUCCAAUAGGUGUCACCACAAACCUAUUCCCGUGGAUCUCCUGGAACCUCUGGCUAGCACGAAAUCAACUCAUCUUCGAGAGCAAGACCUUGACGCAUCAACAAGUCGUUAAUAAAGCCAUUACUUCGUACAAAGAAUGGGAAACGGCCCAAUCACUCUCCCCAAAAACGAGAGGAUCUUUACCGCAUACCCUAGCGCCCCCAAGUCUACAUGCAAACUCGAUCCUCUGCUUCACUGAUGCUGCGUGGAGAGCCGAUCAAAAAACUGUAGGUUUGGCAUGGAUCUUCAUCAACCAAGACUCCCCAGAAAUCUCCAGAGGAUCCUCCUUUCAAACAGCGGUUUCCUCACCACUUAUGGCAGAGGCCCUGGCAAUUAGAGGAGCUCUCCUCCACGCUUCAGCUUCCGACUUUAACCUGAUCUGGCUUCGCUCAGAUUCCCAAGGGCUUAUCAAAGCCAUCAACUCGAAUCUCCAAUCGAUAGAGCUAUACGGCGUUUUAUCGGAUGUCGAUUCGAUCAUCUCUUCAGCUUCUCUUUCUUUCUCGUUUUCUUUCAUUCCCCGUGACUAUAAUGGCUUGUAG